AUGCCUCAAUCAUCUGACAAUCAAAGCUCCAGAUUAGAAGGGAUUUUUCUUACAUCCGAAAGUGUGAGAUGUAAUCUGUUGUCAGAGGAUUGGACUGUAAGGUUUCAUAUCAUUGAUGAGCUUCGAGCUGUUGUUGAAUCCAUAGAAAGUCUGAGAGGUGCAACAGUGGAACCAUUUGGAUCUUUUGCAUCUAAUCUCUUCACAAGAUGGGCAGAUUUGGAUAUAUCGAUAGAGUUGCCUAAUGGUUCAUAUAUUUCGUCCCCUGGGAAAAAACACAAGCAAAGUUUACUGGGAGAUGUACUAAAAGCUCUGAGAAGUAAAGGUGGAUGGCAUAAGCUGCAAUUCAUUUCCAACGCUAGGGUACCCAUUUUGAAAUUUGAGGGCAGAGGCAACAUCUCUUGUGACAUCUCAAUAAACAAUUUAGGUGGUCAAAUGAAGUCAAAACUGCUAUUCUGGAUCAAUGAGAUUGAUGGACGCUUCCGUGAUCUAGUUUUACUGGUGAAGGAAUGGGCCAAAGCUCAUAAUAUUAAUGAUCCAAAAUCUGGAACUUUGAACUCACAUACUCUUAGCUUGCUUGUGGUAUUCCAUCUUCAGACUUUAGAACCGGCAAUUUUACCUCCUCUUAGAGAAAUAUAUCCAGGAAAUAUGAUUGAUGACCUCACGGGUGUGAGAGCUGUUGCAGAGAAGCGUAUUGAAGAGACAUGUGCAGUAAAUAUAAACAGAAUUAAAUCUGACAGGUCGAGAUUGAUCAACAGAAGCUCUUUGUCUGAGCUCUUCAUUUCCUUCGUUGCAAAGUUUUUUGAAAUUUGUUCAAGGGCUUCUGUGCAAGGUGUUAGCCCAUAUGCUGGACAGUGGGAAGACAUUGACAGCAACAUGAGAUGGUUACCCAGAACUUAUGCACUUUUUGUUGAGGAUCCCUUUGAGCAGCCGGUGAAUACAGCUAGGACAGUUGGCAGUAUCCAGUUGAUGAGGAUUUUGGGAGCUGCUCGGGCUACUCACCAAGUACUUGUCUCAUCCAACCAUAAUCAAACUUCUCUCCUUAUGAAUCUCAUCAGGCCACAAUUAUCACAUUUAGUGGCUAGAACGCCUGUUAGACACCAAGCAACUGCACAAUCUAUGCCAAGAACACCUUCUAAUAAUUACAUCAGAAAAGGACUCGGGUCUCACCAACAUGCUCGGAGGCAGGUUCCUGGACAACUUCAACAGCAGUUUCAAAACUUGAGGAUUGACAACAGUCGAAAUGGGACAAUGAAUGGACAGCUCCAAAACACGAGGGUUGAUAACAGUCGAAAUGAAACAAUGAGUGGACAGGGUGAGGCGUCUUCUAGUCAAAGACAAGUAUGGAGGCCAGUACCUGAAAGAUAA